UUAUCAUUCCCGCCUUAAGCUUGCCCGUUCUUGCAAAUCGUCCUCAAACGAACCCAACCAUUCACGCGAUGAAGUUCGCAGCAAUUACUGUGGGAAUUGUGUUGCUCUCCUUCACCGUCAGCAGUAGGAGCGCAGCUCCACGCAGUCGUUACCGGCGCACGAUGGGAGCCGGCGAGAGCUUCAUCAACUGUUUGGCAAUCGGAAACUCAACGCAGCGCAUCUGUUCCUACGACCUUGACCUGCUGGAUGCGAUCGAACGGCAGCAAGGCAACGGAAGUCGUCCGUGCCCGGAAGGAAAAGUGUUUCGCCGCCACUGCAACGUAUGCAAAUGUGGUCGGGCUGGGGCGUUUGAGUGUAGUACCGAUCUGUGCGGGGAGGAUUUCUUUCACCCGACUGGUUUGCCACGAUACUGGUGAGAGUGUGUGUCGGGACAGUGCAUAGGAGGGGAAGUUGUUUGGUCGAUAGAGUAAUUGCACUGUCUGUUAAGCUGCAUGUGAGGUAGGGCAUAAGGUUUGUUUUGCAAGUGAAUAUAAUCGCCCUGUAAUUUGGCAUAAUUACAGAUUGUUACAAUUUUAAAUAGCAAGGAACGUAAGGAAAGCAUCUCCGGAAAAUGCCAGUUAUGGGUGUUGCAACUGGGGAACACUAUGUUUAUUCUGAGUGAUGCUUUCGUAUCUGGUACAUAAAUAUCUGUAUGCUACUUUAA